AUGAAUGAGCUCUUUGAUACUUUCGCCAAAGCUCAUGCGGCUCACAAUGGCUACAUGAUCGCUCAGACACUGUCACCUGUGCCUCCCGCCAACCAACCACAUAUGUUGAGCUCCGUCUGGCAGAGUGCCAACCACCAAAAUGUUCAAGGGACCAUUAAACACUUUAUUAAGAAAAGUGCAAGCGCAUCUUAUCACAGCAGCUUAGAUAAUACCGAGCUGAAUGGCUGGGUUGAGGUGUACACGGCCUACUGGAAGGCUAUUGGUGAGAUUUUGGCUGGCGAAAGUGGCAAGUCUUCCUGGACCAAGGUCUAUGAUGCUUGGAAGGAUCUGACUUCUAUGCUCAUUCGGGGAUACAAUAACCAUGGAUUUCAAGCUUGGACAAUACCGAGCCUUUACAUGGUUGGUAAGUAUCUGAGGCUCUUUGCUAUUAAAUCAGACGAAGAGCGCAGUCGGAAUUCGAGCCGCUCUCAAGCUGGUACAACCAUCAUACAGGAUGAUUUCGAUGCCGAUGCCGACAAACAAAGUCAGCUUAGGGACUGCGAGCAGCAUCUAAAGCGAAUCUUCACACUGUGUUUGACCGACAGAGCACCCUUAGAAGAAUCAAGAAAAUGGGGCAUUUACUUCGUGAUCAACAUACUCUUCAAGACAUAUUUCAAGCUUAAUUCAGCCUCACUCUCUCGCACAAUCCUCACCAGUCUCAAAGCGUUCAAUGACCGGGGUGACAUGCCUCCAUUGGAGUCAUUCCCAAAAUCCCAGCGGGUCACUUUUAAAUACUACGAGGGUGUGUUGUUCUUCUUGGAAGAGAACUAUGUCGAGGCCAAUAAGCAUCUCACAGAGGCCUGGCUUCUUUGCCCUCGAAGCUCUAAGGCAAAUAUCGAGCGAAUCUUGAUAUAUCUAAUCCCCUGUCGGCUGCUAACGAGUCACGUUCUGCCAACUAAAAAGCUUCUUGAACCAUACCCCCGGCUGCAAGAGCUAUUCUUACCUAUCGCACAAUGUAUAAGACGAGGGGAUUUACGGUCAUUUGACCUGGCGCUUCAGAAAGGAGAGGACGAGUUUGUCAAACGGCGCAUAUACUUGACCUUGGAGCGCGGGCGUGACAUUGCUCUGCGCAACCUCCUGCGCAAGGUGUUUGUUAAUGGAGGGUUCGAAGAGCCCAAAGAGGGAAACGCAGCACCAGUGAGGCGCACCCGUGUGCCUCUAGCCGAGUUCCAAACUGCCAUCAGCAUGGGCAGCGGCGGCGAGACAGUCGACCCCGAUGAGGUUGAGUGUUUGCUGGCCAACAUGAUCUAUAAGGAUCUUAUGAAGGGCUAUAUCGCGCGGGAACGAGGGAUCAUCGUAUUAUCAAAGAAGGGUGCCUUUCCCGGCACUGGAGUAUGA